AUGCAAUCUCAUCUUCCACCGCAACAUCGAGCCCUUCUUUUGAGAGAAAGAGGGGCCGACUUGCAACUCGAAACCCUUCCUACGCCACAGCCCACUCUCGGUACUGCGGUUUGUCGAGUUCUCGAGGCUGGAGUACUAUCUUACCACCGUGAGAUCUAUAACGGAAAGCGCACCUAUCCCUUUCCAACGCCAAUCAUUGGCGGAUAUAGUUCUAUUGGCCGCAUUGUCGCAGUGGGCGAGGACGCUACUACUCUAACGCCUGGCCAACUUGUUUGGAUCGACUGUGUUAUCCGCGGGCGCGACGACCCAAGCAACCAGUUCCUUUUCGGCAUUCACGAUGGCAUGACUGACGGCAGCCGGAAGCUGUCGCGUGAUGUGUGGCGCAACGGGUCAUUCUCAGAGUUUGUAAAGGCACCGUUAGAGAACUGCAUCGCGCUUGAUGAGGUUAGAUUGUGCCAGGAACUUGGGUACUCGGUCAGGGACCUGGUUUAUCUGGGCCACCUGCUCGUGCCAUUUGGUGGGCUGCGUGAUAUCAAGCUCCAGCCAGGCGAGACGGUGGUUAUUUGUCCGGCUACCGGCGGGUUUGGGGGUGCAGGUGUACACGUUGCUGCCGCGAUGGGCGCGAGGGUGAUUGCCAUGGGUAGAAACGACAAGGAGCUGGCAAGACUCAAGGCGCAUGUGGGAAAGGGUUUACCAUCGGCUACUAUCGAGACAGUGAAGAUGUCAGGCGAUGAAAUAGCAGACACGGCCGCACUACGGGCCUUUGGCAAUAUUGACGCAGUAUUGGAUCUUGCUCCGCCCGCUGCAGCAGAAUCAACCCACCUGAAGAGUGCUGUCAGUGCAUUGAGGUAUGAAGGACGCUGCAGUCUGAUGGGCUAUGUGGCACAGCCCAUUGUGAAUUGGCAGUUCAUGGCGAGAAAUCUCUCGCUUAGGGGGAAAUUGAUGUAUGAGAGAAAUGAUAUUCUCCUCUUUGUGCAAAUGCUGGAAAGGGGCCUUCUCCCUAGGAGCCCUGAUUUUGUUGAGACCAUGUCUUUUGGUCUGGGUGACUGGAAACAAGCCUUUGAUGCUGCAGCUGAAUUUACCGGAAUUGGGAGAAUUGUAUCUAUAUCGCCAUAA